AAGAAAGGCUUUAUUCAGCCGGGAGCUUCGGCAAGACUCACAUCAACAACCGAGCUCCCCGAGUGAGCAAUUCCUGUCCCUUUUAAAAGCUCACAACUCUAAGGAGGUCCGCAUGAGGGUCGUGAUUGAGCAAGCAGGGGGUACAUGACUGGGGCUGCAUGCACGGGUAAUUAGAACGGAACAGAACAGGACAGCGAUUUUCACGGUGCUUUUCUAUACAAUGUCUGUAAUCUAUAGAUAACAUAACCGAUUAGGUCUGGGGUCGAUCUUCACCAGGCGCAGGGUGUGGCGCCGGGCUGUCUGCUUGCGGAUUUCAUUUCUGCCUUUUAGUUUUUACUUCUUCUUUCUUUGGAGGCAGAAAUUGGGCAUAAGACAAUAUGAGGGUGGUCUCCUCCCUUAAAAUCUUAAUGCUUUCCUCCAAAAACGUAUAUCCACAUAUUUGCAUAUAAUUUCAUGGGAUUCAAAACCCCUGAAACUUAUCCAGGAACCCCCAGAUUAUUAACACCUGGACUAGAUGUUGUCUGAGUCCUCUGAGCUCUAUAAUUGGUUCCACUCAUUUCUAAGUUUUGGGGGUUUUCUUUUUUUGGGGGUUUUUUUCUUUUUCAAGUAAAACCACUUUGAGUUAUGUUCAUGGUGCUUACACCAUGGUUUCCAUUCUAGAACCAACUAUAUUCCAAAAUUCCUGGUUGGAACAAAGGUUACUUAAGCAAGUAAAAGUGUGACAGUCUGGUAACAGAUUCUAAAUAAUCACCUUUUUAUGGUGAUAAGCUAAAAUUUAUUUUAAAAAAUGUAUUAAACAAGCAUUAAUACUUCUCAAACAGCAGUUGAGAUGUCCCUGGGGUAAGCAGACAGGGCACCAGGGACGUUGCAGAAGUAACAAUAUACAAAGCAUGAUUUUGAAAGUUUUAGCGGUUUUUAAUUUGUGCAUGAGAGUGUAAUACUUUUGCAUUAAAAUGAACAGAUAUGUUAUGGAGUAAAAUGCAUAAAGGCACAUUUUUAAAGAUAAAAUGUGAAACUUAAAAUGUCCUGCUUACUAAUAUCUUGUCUCACGUCCAGAGGACACUUACUUCACACUCUAAUCUUCGUGGUUCUCUGGUGGAAAGUUACACAUGACAAAAAAAGUAAUCUAAAUCGUAAAAUAAUUUGACUUUUUGUAACACAAUGAAGAUAACUAGCACAAAGUGAAAGAAAGAAUGACUUUUUUUUUUUUGAGGCAGUCUCACUCAGUUGCUCACGCUGGAGUGCAGUGGCGGGAUCUCAGCUCACUGCAAUCUCCACCUCCCUAAUUCAAGCGAUUCUCCUGCCUCACCCUUCCGAGUAGCUGGGACUACAGGCGCACACCACCACACCCAGCUAAUUUUUGUAUUUUUAGUAGAGAUGGCGUUUCACCGUGUUGGCCAGGAUGGUCUCGAUCUCUUGACCUCGUCAAAGUGCUGGGAUUACAGGCAUGCAUGAGCCACUGCAUCCGGCCUUUUUUUUUUUUUUUGAGACUAUCCUGACCUCAAACAAUCCGCCUGCCUAGGCCUCCCAAAGUGCUGGGAUUACAGGCGUAAGCCACCGCGCCCAGCCAAGAAUGAUUUUGGAAGAGUGAAUGAAUACAAGGAUUUCCACUAGACUGAGAAUUAGUUUGUCAACAGCAUUUCAGUGUCCGAGAAGUGCUUACAUUUGGCGUUGACAAAGCUAGCAGAUGAUGUAGACAGUAAAAAGUUUCCUCUUCAAAGUUUCCCUUCUUGUUAAAGAAUAAAUCAUAAAUGUUAGAAACAAUAGUUUCCUUUAAAGACUAACUUAUUUCAAGCCUCCUUGCUUUGUGCUAAUAACUCUGUUAAGCCCUAUAGCUCACAGCCUAUUUAGCAAAUCGGGUAUCAGUUUAAGAUUAUGGGAUCCAGCCCCAGCCACCGGAUGCAGGACACAACAGUAAGGACAACCCAAAUGCGUAAGGGAUAAAAAUGUCUGCUUUUCCUUUGUUCAGGUGUGCUCUCACCAUUGUUGCAUCCGCCAUUGAGCACCCUUUCUGCAUAAAGUACAGAUUGCCUUGCUGAGAGAUCUUUUGUCUCCAUGCUGACUUUUCUUCCUGGCACCAAUUAUCUAACAAUAACAAGUCCGUUCCUGCACUGCAAUGACAACCAAAGCAUCCCAAAUGAAAUCAUUUCUGCAAGACCCAAACCAGUCUCUAUUAAUUAACACGUACUAACAAUUCAGAACACCAGAGAAGAAAAGUUAUUGGAAACAAAAGGGUCUAAGCGCUGAAGCACUGUAUUGCACUUGAAAUGGAGGCUGAAGAUUUGACAAGGAUGGACUAUGCAUCUUGUUUACAAAUAACCUACUACUGUGUUUAUGAAAACUAUCCCAACCAAGAUUUACUCUAUUGGGAGUUUGUAGGAAAGCUGUAAUGUCUAAGACGUACCUGAAUCUCUAAACUUUAUUAAAUAAAACUUAUUUUCUUUGAAACAGGGCCUCGCUCGUCCCCCAGGCUGGAGUGCAGUGGAGCGAUCUCGGCUCACUGCAGCCUCGACCUCCUGGGCUCAAGCAGUCCUCCCACCUCAGCCUUCCAAGUUGCUGAGGCCACAGGCGGGCGUCGCCAUGCUGGGCUAAUUUAUAACAUUUUUGUAGAGACGGCAUCAAAAUAUGUUGCUCAGGCUCACUCUGUUUUCCCAACUCUCAAAUGAAGGCUCGUGCCCGGCGCGGUGGCUCACGCCUGUAAUCCCAGCAACUUUGGGAGGUCGAGGCAAGCGGAUCACCUGGGGUCGGGAGUUCAAAACCAGCCUAGCCAACAUGGAGAAACCCUGUCUCUACUAAAAAAUACAAAAUUAGCCAGGCGUGGUGGCGUAUGCCUGUAAUCCCAGCUACUCGGGAGGCUGAGGCAGGAGAAUUGCUUGAACCCGGGAGGUAGAGGUUGCGGUGAGCCGAAAUCGAGCCACCGCACUCCAGCCUGGGUAAAAAGAGCGAAACUCCGUCUCAAAAAAAAAAGGCAGCUCACUGCUCCCUCCCCAGGAGGUGCCGCAACCUUGGUCAAUACAACCCCAGAGUUAGAUAAGCGGAGCAAGCAGGCAGAGAAAGUGUGCAAGGCAGGGGUUCUGGCCCGGGCAGACGGGAACGCGGACACAUCUAGCACACCGGGUCCGUCGAGGCAGCGCGAGCGCUGCGCCGCUGCAACAGGUCACCGCGAACCCUAAUCCCACCCCUCCUUGCCCUGUUAACGACAGAAAAGCUCGUUCCGCUGUUUCCUGAACAAAAACUUCUACCCUAGUAGUACACAGCCCACAACAAUGCGCGCCGCCGGCGAUACAGUCCCUACACAACCCUCCGGAAAUCGGCCCUGCCUCCUCCUGAUGUCACGGAAAUGAGGGGCUUCGCAGAGGAUGUCCCGCCCGCUCCCCUCAGAUGGGCGUAGCUGCCACAUUCCUGAGAUAUGCCUGCUUGCCCCCGAUUUUUUUCUCCUUGCAGUGAGAACCUCCUCAUGUGGCAUCUUUACUUAUUCUCCUCUUGGAAAAUCCAUGUGACCUCCUCGCGCUGAAAAUAUGUCCACGUUUACAGGCGACUUAAAGGUAGCCCUAGAGCCUGACGUAUAAUUCGAGCGCCGAUGCAGAAAGGACCCAGACUUUUUUUUUUUUUUUUUUUUUGGCAUCCGGUUCUGUCACCACCAGGCUGAGCCGGGCUGACGGAAGAGGCACGUGCGCUGCUGAAUGGAGCUGGUCGCUGGUUGCUACGAGCAGGUCCUCUUUGGGUUCGCUGUACACCCGGAGCCCGAGGCUUGCGGCGACUACGAGGUGAGAUACCGCGUAGCUAGAGACAGUCGGAGGCGGGGCCGGGAAGGUCGGGUUUGGUUCAUACACAGCAGAGGUAAACAUUGGAGCGCCUGCUGUUCACUGGAUGAUUUGAUGAAUCAAACCUAAGAAAAAGCUAACCUUUUAAAACGUAGAAUGGACAUUUUAUCAAAAUGAGACAAUAUCUGCCUUUUCUAGUAGACAAAAGGUCCACGGGACACAAAGGAAACCGGCAUUUCUGCAUACGGACAAAUGAGUCGUAGAUUGUGGAUUUAAGGAUCGAUCCCAUAAGUUGACAGUAUUCAGAAUUUAAUGAAAGAAGUCUCGCUCUUUUGCUGAAUUUCUGUUCUGGAAUUUUACAAAUUACCAGAACUAGAUUAGGAUAAAUCCCUUAUAGAUAAAGCGAUACCAAUUCGUUAUUUGUUGGGAACUUAUGACGAGCUGGGCGGUGGAGAUGCAAAGAUGCUGGAGCAGCAAUGGACUCUUGUGGCUGACUUCACUCACCAUGCUCACACUGCCUCCUUGUCAGCAGUAGCUGUAAAUAGUCGUUUUGUGGUCACUGGGAGCAAAGAUGAAACAAUUCACAUUUAUGACAUGAAAAAGAAGAUAGAGCAUGGGGCUCUAGUGCAUCACAGUGGUACAAUAACUUGCCUGAAAUUCUAUGGCAACAGGCAUUUAAUCAGUGGAGCGGAAGAUGGACUCAUCUGUAUCUGGGAUGCAAAGAAAUGGGAAUGCCUGAAGUCAAUUAAAGCUCACAAAGGACAGGUGACCUUCCUUUCUAUUCACCCAUCUGGCAAGUUGGCCCUGUCGGUUGGUACAGAUAAGACAUUGAGAACGUGGAAUCUUGUAGAAGGAAGAUCAGCAUUCAUAAAAAAUAUAAAACAAAAUGCUCACAUAGUAGAAUGGUCCCCAAGAGGAGAGCAGUAUGUAGUUAUCAUACAGAAUAAAAUAGACAUCUAUCAGCUUGACACUGCAUCCAUUAGUGGCACCAUCACAAAUGAAAAGAGAAUUUCCUCUGUUAAAUUUCUUUCAGAGUCUGCCCUUGCAGUGGCUGGAGAUGAAGAAGUUAUAAGGUUUUUUGACUGUGAUUCGCUAGUGUGCCUCUGUGAAUUUAAAGCUCAUGAAAACAGGGUAAAGGACAUGUUCAGUUUUGAAAUUCCAGAGCAUCAUGUUAUUGUUACAGCAUCGAGUGAUGGUUUCAUCAAAAUGUGGAAGCUUAAGCAGGAUAAGAAAGUUCCCCCAUCUUUACUCUGUGAAGUAAACACUAACGCCAGGCUGACAUGUCUUGGAGUGUGGCUAGACAAAGUGGCAGACAUGAAAGAAAGCCUUUCUCCAGCUGCAGAGCCUUCUCCUGUAAGUAAAGAACAGUCCAGAAUUGGCAAAAAGGAGCCUGGUGACACAGUGUACAAAGAAGAAAAGCGGUCAAAACCUAACACAAAGAAACGCGGUUUAACAGGUGACAGUAAGAAAGCAACAAAAGAAAGUGGCCUGGUAUCAACCAAGAAGAGGAAAAUGGUAGAAAUGUUGGAAAAGAAGAGGAAGAAGAAAAUAAAAACAAUGCAGUGAAUCCCAGAUGUCUCCUGAAAGAACUCUUUUAGAUGAAAUCAUUCUACUCAAAUGUACCUUAAUUUUUUUUUUUUUCCCUGAGUAAAAGCAAGAAAUUUCUUCCUUUGGAGAAAAUAUAUAUAUAUAUUAAAAAACCACUUUUAGAUGUUUUUUUUUAAAAAAAAAACAGCGGUAAAAUUACUUUUGGCAGACAGUGUUUUAUGAAUUAUGUAUCAUGUUAAUAUAUGUUAAUGUGUCAUGUAAUUUUUACUUUGUACAAAGCAAAUAAAGAUCUUUCUCAAAAUAUACUGUAAAAUAAUAUAAAA